AUGAACACAGUGUACACCCCUACCACCAACAUGGACAUCAAGCUGAAGCUGCUGACCGUGCAACAAACACUCACCUCAUUGGGCGCAUUGCAGAGGAACCAGCGACUCAGGGGCAGCGCUGUCAUCAGGAGGCACCUACCAGCCAAUAAGAGUGCCACCAUGCGGGACAGCUCCCUGUCAACAUAAAAAAAAACAACGUUGUCUGGCGUAAUGGCUUUCGAGAGACUUCCAUGCAGGCCUCCACUCUCCCAGAUGUCCCCAGUGCUUCAUCAAAGAGAGGAAACAACACGGCUAGUCCGUUUAGGGUCAAAGGUUGGAGAAGGACCCCUACAAGUCAGAAAUAAGUCCUGCAUGGACAAUGCCAGUUCAAUAAUUAAACUAUCAUUCAUAGUUGUCAAGCUUUAAACUGUUCCUAUAGCUUUUCAGUUGACGUAAAAAAUAAAUCCCAACUGGGACAAUAAAGUGAGUGAUUGAUUUAUUGAUUAAUUGAUUGAUUUGUGUUGUAUGUGGUGUAUGUGGGGGGAACCUAAAUCUUCAGUUUAAUGAGCUGUAAUGCGCAGGAUGAAUAAGUCUGUCUGUCUGCUAUUGCAGUGGGACCAGGCUUGGCAGGUCUACUCCCAAGUCAUCUCCUUUCAGGGGGAGAUCCAUCACCCCAGGCAUCCAGUUCUCCUCCACCAUCCCCCUACCUCCAUCACCCCCCCUAAAGUCCAGCUCUUCAUGCAACCUGACACCUCCACAAUCCACACCCAGUAAUACCCUGGUGGUCCAGCAGAGGAUAAAAAGAGGUCAGUCAUCUCAAUACAAAGUAACAGUCAGUCUAUGACCUGAUAACCAGGGUUGGUCCAUUUCGAACAAGUUGACUCAUGUUGAUUCAGAAAAAUCACAAAUUGAGAUUGAAUUCAGGAACACUUUACUCCAAGCCUGCAGGUAUAAGACAUUAUGAUGUGGUUAUAAUGCAUUGUAACUUGUUAUAAGUAUGUAUGCCUUAUUAUCAUCGCAUAAUGAUUGAGACUAAGAAUAGCCAUUUGUGAGUAAUACAGCAUUAUAGAUGCAUUAUUAGGCAAUGCUAUAGAUUUUGUGACAUUGCAUUGAAAUGUAAUUUACCUUGACAUUGUGGAUGACUUCAUGUUGUAUUGUAUUAACCUGAAUGUCUUUCUCUCCACAGAUGGUGCCCUCUCCAAGACCGUGAAAGACGGUUAG